CUGUACUUCAAUCCCUAUUCUUCAAAAUCCCUUUUAAUUUACUUAAACCCUAGCACCAAAGGUUCAAUCAGAGAGGUAGAUCAGUAACGCUUUUCUCUUUUCACUUUCUCCACCUUGUCAUUCCCUGCUGUUCGUUUUCUUUUUUCUGCUGUAACUCUACUUGAGUUUGCAUAUGUGCUGCAAUGGACAAUAGUUCUCAAUCCUCCGGUUCACAGUUUCGACCGGUAGGUCCUCCACAUCAAGGGCAGCCAUUCAUUCCAGUGGCUCCCCAACAGUUUCGACCUGUUGGACAAGGGAUUCCAGCUGGUCAGAGUCAGUCGCUGCAGUUUUCACAACCAAUGCAGCAGUUGCCACAAUGGCCAAAUCAGCCUGGCCAUGCUACACCUUCAUCGCAAGGUGUACCUUUGCCAUAUGUUCAUCCAAAUAGGCCACUGACAGCGGGCCCACCACAAUUGCAACAAACUGCCCCCUCUGCAGUUCCUCUUUCAUCACCGUACACUUUUACUCCGUCUUCUUUUGGCCAGCCACAAAAUAAUGUCAGUGCAUCAUCCCAGUUCCAGCCGAUGCCUCAAAUGCAUGCAGCUGCUGUUCCUGGAGGGGGACAACCUUGGUUGGCCCCUGGAAGCAAUGGUGUAUCAGUUGCUACAGCAGUACAGCCAACUGGGCAGCAGCCUUCUGUAUCUUCUUCCUCAGAUGCAUUUCAGGCAGUCAAUGUUCAACAGUCUUCAUCUGACUGGCAAGAGCACACAGCUUCUGAUGGGAGGAGAUAUUACUACAACAAACGAACAAAACAAUCUAGUUGGGAGAAGCCUUUCGAAUUGAUGACUGCAAUUGAGAGAGCUGAUGCGUCAACAGUGUGGAAGGAAUUCACCACUCCAGAGGGGAAAAAAUAUUACUAUAACAAGGUUACAAAGCAAUCUAAGUGGUCUAUACCAGACGAAUUGAAGUUAGCUCGUGAACAGGCUCAACAAGCAUAUAGCCAAGGAACACAGUCUCUUGCUGAUGCAGCUUCUCAUGCCCCAGCUGCUGUUGCUGUCACCAUGGCUGAAACAUCUACUACAGCUACGCCAGUUAGCUCCAGUUCUCCAGGAAUAUUUGGGGUAGCUUCAAGCCCACUUCCAGUCACACCUGUUGUUCCCGUUUCUAAUCCUGCAGUGGUAGUUUCUGGUUCAUCAGCCCUGCCUGUUGCACAAUCUAACAUAACAAAUGCUGCUGGUGCCCAACCCCCUGUGGUUAACAUGACUGCUUUACCCACUGGUGUUUCAGGGAGUGCUGGUGUUACCGCUGCUUCAGUUAAUGCUAAGACAGCAUCAUUAAGUGGGCUUGAUAAUGUUUCAUCUCAAGUUGCUGCCAGUUCGGUAGAUGGAGUAUCCAUGCUGGAUGCUGAGGAAGUGAGAAAAGGAACAGCAGUAGCAGGAAAAAGUGAUCCCAUCCCAUUAGAGGAGAAAGCCCUGGAUGAUGAACCUUUAGUAUUUGCCAGUAAACAGGAGGCAAAAAAUGCAUUCAAAGCUCUCCUGGAAUCAGCUAAUGUUCAAUCUGAUUGGACAUGGGAGCAGACAAUGAGAGAGAUCAUUAAUGACAAGAGAUAUAGUGCUCUGAAAACUCCUGGUGAACGGAAGCAAGCAUUUAAUGAGUACUUGGGUCAAAGGAAAAAAAUAGAAGCUGAGGAGCGGCGCAUGAGGCAGAAAAGAGCUCGAGUGGAAUUCACCAAGAUGUUGGAAGAGUCCAAGGAACUCACAUCAUCCAUGAAAUGGAGCAAAGCCGUAAGUUUGUUUGAAAAUGAUGAGCGGUUCAAGGCUGUUGAGAAAACCAGAGAUCGGGAGGAUCUUUUUGACAACUACAUAGUGGAACUUGAAAGGAAGGAAAGGGAAAAAGCUGCAGAGGAACACAGGCGGAAUGUAGCUGAAUAUAAAAAAUUUCUGGAAUCCUGCGACUUCAUUAAGGUAAAUAGCCCAUGGCGGAAAGUACAAGAUCGCUUGGAGGAUGAUGAAAGGUGCUUGCGUCUUGAAAAACUUGACCGCUUACUCAUUUUCCAGGACUAUAUCCGUGACUUGGAGAAGGAGGAAGAGCAACAGAAGAAGAUACAGAAGGAACAACUAAGACGGGCUGAGCGCAAAAACCGGGAUCAGUUUCGCAAAUUGUUGGAAGACCAUGUUGCUGAUGGGUUUCUUACAGCAAAAACUCACUGGCUUGAUUAUUGUUCUAAGGUUAAGGACUUGCCUCAAUAUCAUGCUGUUGCAACAAACACCUCUGGUUCAACACCGAAAGAUUUGUUUGAUGAUGUUGCUGAAGAGUUAGAGAAACAGUAUCAUGAUGAUAAAACUCGUAUAAAAGAUGCACUGAAAACGGGGAAGAUUAUGGUGUCAUCAACGUGGACAUUUGAAGACUUUAAGGCUGCCAUUUCUGAUGAUGUUAGUUCCCCACCAAUAUCAGAAAUCAACUUAAAGCUUUUAUAUGAUGAGCUACUUGAAAGAGCUAAGGAGAAGGAGGAGAAAGAAGCUAAAAAGCGGCAACGCCUUGCUGAUGACUUCACUAAACUAUUGUAUACCUACAAGGAGAUAAAUGCAUCUUCUAGUUGGGACGAUUGCAAACAUCUUUUCGAAGAAAGCCAGGAGUACAGAUCAAUUGGGGAAGAGAGUUUUAGCAGAGAGGUCUUUGAGGAAUAUGUUUCACACCUGCAGGAAAAGGCUAAAGAAAAAGAGCGCAAGCGAGAGGAGGAAAAGGCCAAGAAGGAGAAAGAGAGGGAGGAAAAAGAGAAGCGGAAAGAGAAAGAGAGAAAAGAGAAGGAUAAGGAACGUGAGAGGGAAAAAGGGAAGGAACGAACAAAAAAAGAUGAAACAGAUAGUGAAAAUUUUGAUCCAACUGAAAAUUAUAGCCAUAAAGAGGAAAAGAAAAGGGAAAAAGAUAAGGAAAGGAGACAUCGGAGACGGCAUCAAAGUGGUACUGAUGAUGUGAGUUCUGACAAGGAUGAAAAAGAGGAAUCUAAAAAAUCACGGAGACAUGGCAGUGACCGUAAAAAAUCAAGAAAGCAUUCACGUACACCCGAGUCAGAUGGUGAAAGCAGGCAUAAAAGGCACAAGAGAGAUCACCGUGAUGGUUCCCGUCGAAAUGGCGGCUACGAGGAGCUAGAAGAUGGGGAGGUUGGUGAGGAUGGGGAGAUCCAUUAGGAUCCUAUUGUCCUCAGAUUGCUAACUUCCAAGAUACUAGAAGUUUGCAGCUAGUUCUCAGGUUUUUCUAGCGCGUUCAAUUUGUUGCAAGAGAUUGUAUUGGAGUUAAAUGGUGCUGUUGUAGAUCUUGGAAGUAGGUUCACUGUGAGAACUGCUGCUUUGAUGGGAUGUAUAAAGUUUUUCUUUACCCGGGUUUUUCACUGUUUGGCAUGUAGAGUGCCAAGGAAUUUAGAGGAUUGCUCAUUAAGAAUGGUUACCUGUUGAUAAAUUGGAAUUAUAUAGUUGUAAAUGAAUCGAAACUAAAAGGAUUUUGUGGGUUAAAUUUGUUUGCUCUAUUCUGAGUAGUUUCCUUUAUGUAAUUGAGCUUAUAUUUGUGUA